AUGAUAAAAUAAAUUUACAUUUCAUUUGUUUUAGCAAUUUUCUUAAGACUCAGCUUAGCAGAUAGUAUCAAUCCAAGUUCUGUAACAUCCAGUUGCCCAUGCAAUUAAGUUUAGGGUGUGAAAGAGUAUGAAUGCUGCUGCGAUACAGACACUAUACCUAAUAUUACUCCUAGUGUUUGCAUAGAAAAGAAUUAUGGAAAUGUCUUUUCGAUACCUUUAUAUUCUGACUUAAAAUUAAAAACUUCUAGUAUAGAAGAUCUUUAUAACCCUUUUAGACUUGCAUAUCAGGUAAUUAAAACUCUUGGAAGUGUAAUGGAUAGAAAUAGUGUAUAAAGUACUAUCAGUUUCUCAUUACCUAGUCCUUCUGAUACCAAAGACUUCAAAUAAAUAUUAAUUGAUUAAUUAAAUUAAUAAACAUAUUAAGCUCUUCCUUCCUAUUUGCAGCCUGAAUAAAGGGUAAUUAACAAAUUCAACUUUGCAACUAAUUCAAGUUUUAGUGCUGUUUCAACUUCAUCAAAUGCUUUAUAUUUCAAUAUGUUUGUGAAAGAUGAAGUUACAGGAAAUUGCAUCUAGUAUAUGGCUACAACAUAUGAAACUGUAAAAUACCAAUCCUGUAAGAUAAGAGACACAAGUAACAAUUUUUAUAAAAAUAUGGGAAGUUCAUUAACUUAAAAUGAUCUUUGCUAUGAUCUAACUAAUGUAUUCGAGUUAACUUCUUAAACUCCUAGUGCUUGUGUUACUACAAGCACAACUACUGUUAUAGGUUUUGUUAAUUCAAAUACUGCAACAAAAGGGAUAAUAUAUAUAAGGUAUCCUGGUAGUACUAGCCCUAAUGUAUUUUUAGGAGCAAAGUUUUAUUAUGACUAUGCUAACCGUAGUGGUACUACUCCUAAACCUAAAAGCGGUUACUAAAUAGGAGAUCCAUUGGCAUUUUAUAUCAGCGGUAACGUCUAGAAAGGUCUGCCUUUUAAUGAUAUUUUUAAUACAAGAGGAGUAUGCUACUAAACUGGUUCGACUUAUAAUAUGCUACAUCCAAUAGAUUUAUAAUUCGGUAGAAAUUUGACAAUAUCUUGUAGUGGAUAAUUGAAUACAAGAACUAUGCUGACUACUAUCACUCAAAUUGGAAAAUUUUCAAAUCCAGAUCCAAGAGCACCAUUUGAUUGGGUACCUAUCUAGAUUAGUGUUACUACUGGAUUUAAUAUUGCCAUUCAAGUUUACUAUUUUAAGUAGGGUAAAGACACUAAUCCUACCUACAGAAUUACAAAUGCUUAAUUCAAAUAAGUUCCAAAAAUUAAUUAAAGUGAUAAUGGUGUUGUUUCAAUUCUUUUCUAUUAAUAGCCCUAAAGUCCUAAUUUUUUUAUAGCUGCUCCACCUUAGCUUACAGCAAAAUUACCUCGUAACAUACUGUAUCCAUUCUUUACUUUCAACGAUUGA